UUUCCUCUCUCAGCAGAAAGGCUCAACGGCUGCGUGGAGCGGACCGGGCGUGGUUUUUUUUACAUGGCCGCUGCCAGAUUAACAAUUACUCCGCCGGGAUCGUUGGACGUUAACAAGCCUGGCUUCAACACAGAGAUCCUCGACACCAAAUUGGAAGUGAAAUAUCAAUGCUCCGACUGCAAGGAUAUCCUGAGGAGACCUUUCCAGGCCCAGUGUGGGCAUCGCUACUGUUCGUACUGUCUGCGGAAGAUCAUUAGUCCUGGUCCUCAGAAGUGCGCCGCCUGCAUUCAGGAGGGGAUAUACGAGGAAGGAGUUUCACUCUUGGAGAGCGGUUCGGCAUUUCCGGAUAACGCGGCCCGCAGAGAGGUGGAGAGCCUUCCUGCCGCAUGCAGAAAUGAGAACUGUACGUGGAAAGGAACUAUUAAGGAAUACGAGGCGGCCCACGAAGGAAAGUGCCCGUUUAUGAAGGUUCCGUGCCCGGCCUGCCAGUCGUUGAUCCCGGUGAAUGCGAGAGACUGGCAUAACGAGCGUGAGUGUCCGGAGAGAAAACUCAACUGCAGAUACUGCAAGCUGUCCUUCUACUUCCCAGACAUCAAGGCCCACGAUGAGAUCUGCCCCAAAUUCCCCAUGACUUGUGAAGGUUGCGGCAAGAAAAAAAUCCCCAGAGAAAAGUUCCAAGAUCAUGUAAGGUCCUGCGGCAGGUGUAAGGUGCCGUGCCGGUACCAUGUGGUCGGUUGUACUGAAAUGGUGGAGAAUGACAAAUCCUUGGAACAUGAAAGUAAAUGCCUCCCGGACCACUUGGCCAAAGUCUUGGACUCCAUCCAGCAGGAGCGGAAGGAGCACACAGAGCUGUCUCAGCGUCUCGGUUCACUGUCUGUGCAGGGCAGCCCCGGGCCCCUUACCAGCUUGACCCCAGCCCCAGCCUCAGCCCUAGAACUCCACAAGCUACUGCUGCAGUUGGAGGCGCUGGGGAAGAAGAUCACCACCUUCGAAAACAUUAUGUGCGUCCUCAACAAGGAGAUGGAGAGAACGUCGAUGACAGUAGAGGAGCUCAUGAAACAGAAACGCGCAGAUGAAGACAAGAUCGAUACAUUGAUUGCCAAGGUUCGGCAGUUGGAGAGAAUAAGCGGUCAGAAGGAUAGUCUUCUGGCGGAAAUGGAGAGCCGAUUACAGGAAAUGAAUCUUUCCACCUACGACGGGAUAUUUGUCUGGAAAAUAUCAGAAUUUUCCAAGAAAAGACAGGAUGCCACCGUAGGACGCUGUCCCGCCAUGUUCUCCCCGCCUUUCUACACCAACAGAUACGGCUACAAGAUGUGUUUACGGAUCUAUCUGAACGGGGAUGGCACGGGGCGAGGAACGCACCUGUCCCUUUUUUUCGUGGUGAUGAAGAGCCCCAGCGAUGCUUUGCUGCGUUGGCCGUUUAACCAGAAGGUCACGCUUAUGUUAUUGGAUCAGAACCACCGGGAACACGUGAUCGACGCUUUCAGACCGGAUAUUACGUCGUCGUCUUUCCAGAAGCCGGUCAGCGAGAUGAAUAUCGCCAGCGGGUGUCCGCUCUUCUGCCCCAUUUCCAAGCUCGAGGGGAAAAACUCGUACGUCAGAGAUGACACCAUUUACAUAAAAGCCAUCGUCGACCUCACUGGCCUUUAGGAUGUGGGGAAGCC